UGCCGGCCCUUCACAAGUACUACUCGCUUGACAGCACUUGCCCCUACAGUCUGUUCACAGGCUACACGGGGGAGCUUUGUCUUUGUUAUUUACUACGGGAAUCGAUUCCGCCGUUUUGGGGAAGGCGUGGGAAUCGAUUCUGUCAUUCGCUAACAGAGACGAUGGCGUGGUCGUGGAUGCCGCUGCCGCUUCUGUGGCUGUCCGUCAACGCCGGUCUCCUGGAAUCUUCUCCUCUGUCACAGGAACAUGUGGAUUUACUGCCGGCAUUCAAGGAAUUUAUUUGGAAGCACAACAAGACGUACAAAGAUGAAGGAGCUGAGAAGAUGAGGUACGAAGUCUUCCGGGAAAAUUGGCAUCGGGUGCAAAAGCUGCAGGAAACGGAGCAGGGCUCUGCAGUGUACGGAAUCACCAAAUUCAGUGACCUUACAGAGGAGGAGUUCCGCGCGCUCCAUCUGAACCCGGUUCUGUCGCGGCCCAGGGAAGUCGGUCUCCGUCAAGCCCAGAUCCCCCCAGGUCCCAUUCCGCCGGCGUUCGACUGGCGAGACCGUGGCGCCGUCACGGAGGUCAAGAACCAGGGAGAAUGCGGCUCCUGCUGGGCUUUCUCUGUCACUGGAAACAUCGAGGGGCAGUGGGCCAUCAAGAAAGGAAGCCUGCUCUCACUCUCCGAGCAAGAGCUGGUGGACUGCGAUAAGCUGGACUACGGGUGUGGUGGAGGACUGCAGAUGAAUGCUUACAAAACGAUACAAGAGCUCGGGGGGCUGAUGACGGAGAGCGACUACUCCUACAAGGGGGACAUGGAGCAGUGCGGCUUCUCCCAGGCCAAAGUCCGGGCGUACAUCAACGGAUCCGUCUCCAUUUCCUCCGACGAAGACGAGAUGGCCGCGUGGCUCGUAAAGCACGGACCGAUUUCCAUCGCGCUCAACGCCCUGGGCAUGCAGUUUUACAAGCACGGGAUCGCUCACCCGUGGAAGAUUCUGUGUUGGUCGUGGGAACUGAACCAUGCUGUUCUUAUAGUGGGCUACGGCACAGAGAAAGGCGUGCCGUUCUGGAUCAUCAAAAACAGCUGGGGAGUGGGGUGGGGCGAGGAGGGCUAUUACCGCGUCUUCCGCGGCGACGGGGUGUGCGGCCUCAACAAGGACUGCUCGUCUGCCGUGGUGGACCGGGAGUGAGCGAGCGAGCGUCGAGCACGCGGACGACGCCGUCGCUGCCACCGUCGCUGGGCUGGACUCGUUCCCGUACGGAGGUCCGGGGUGAGGAGGUGGGGGACAACCGAGGAUCGCUUGCGUCGACAGGAAAAGCCCCGUUUUGCUGAUCCGGGUCGUUCUCUCGGUGCCACCUGCUAGGUUUUCGCUGUCGUGCCGUACGACCCUCCACGGGGGGGUCGGCGGGCAUCUACCGCAAGAUGUUCGUCACCAUGUCUGACGUUUCGCACCCCCCCCCCCCACCCCCACCACCACCCCCCUCGCGUGCUGGGAGCUUCUUGAGGGACAAUCCAGUCGUUCCGGCGGCAGCAGAGUUGAAGAGCUUAGGAAGUGAGCGACACGGAUUUCGUGAAGAAGCUCCCGGCACACGUGGAGCUAAGUCUCAGUUGUCACGUCGGGCUGCUUGCUUUAGAACCCGAAAGCACACAGGAGAGAGCGUCGCCUUGCUUCUGUGUGAUCUGGAUCUAUUACCGUUUGUGAUGUAGCACUUGGUCAGAGUGCAAUGCCUUUUGCCAUCUAUAUAAUGUGGUAACAAAUGUGUUCUCAAUUUGCUUUGCACUUGUUAGGUCGGGGUCAUUCGCACAGACCCCCGAUGCGUUGUUUUUUCGUCUUAAUCUUUUCCGGUUCAGAGACGUCCGCGAUUUGCAGGGGUGGGGUCCCGUUCAUCGCCCAAUCUCGGAACGUUCAAGCGGUGCGGCGUUAAAUGAGCCACCUCCACAAAUGGCAACCGACUCGAACUCCCGAUGCAAGUUAGACGGGAAUCGUUCGGAGAGGGGAAACAAGAAGACGGGACUCGGGACAUGUUCAUGGCUCGAAAUAUGAACCCGAUCUUUUCUUACUAUUUUUACACGAGCAUAAUUCACUUUGCGCGGGGGGUGGGGGGGGGGGGGGCGUUUUAACGCAACACGACGGUGUGACAACAGAGGCACGUGGUAGGAAGUCCGCGGUCAGAAUCCCCCGCGGCUUUUCGGAUGACGCAAGACGCUCAAUUAUUACAUGAACAAGCAACUUUCAGUUUGGAAGCACUUAAAUAGCAGAGUGUAGGAGAUGGGGGUGUGCAGCCCACGCAAGUUAAUUAGGGCCUCUGUAGGACUGACACAGCUAUAUGUUCUUCGCUGAUAGUGGGUUCUUUAUUUACGCUCGACGCACUGAUUAUUGUUAUAUGCCAAGUUUUGCUUGAAGUACUGUUCUGCGCCAGUUGGAAAUUAGCUCCCUGGUCACUACGUGCCACCCACUGGGCUAUGCAAACACGGGAUUUCUGCUGAUCAUGCAAAAGUAUUUUCAUUUUGUAAAAUUCUGCCAAAAGACUAUAAAUUGUGUUGCAUUGUUCGAGAUGACAGAAUAAGCAUUUCCUUACGGCCUACAAGCGGGCCAGGUGAUUGUAAAGAUAAUCGUGCAAGGUUUCGGCAAGCGGUAAUUGCGCCGUCAAACGCUAGGCAUUCGCGAUUGUGCUGCUGAUUUUUGGACAGAUCAAAAAAUGUCCACGAUUCAGGCUGUCACGGGACAUGCCAAGGCAUCAUGGUCAGAGUAAUGCCUUUUGCCAUCAAUAUAUGUGGUGGCAAAUGUGUUCUCAAUUUGCUUUGCACUUGUUAGGUAUGGGGUCAUUCGCACAGACCCCCCUAUGCGUUGUUGUUCAUCAUAAUCCUUUCCGAUUCGAGACGUCUCAAGUUGCAGGGGUGGGGUCCCGUUCAUCGCCGAAUCUCGGAACGUGCAAGCAGUUCGGCGUUAAUCUCAUUUAGCGAGGCGUAGCGCCGUUGUUUUUAAAGACGUUGUUACUCACCGCAGAGGACCGUAGCGACACGACCGCCACUCUACGAUAGCUGGCGCCAAACUGCCACAGGCCCUCCCGCAUGGCCUUGUGGGAGC